UGUAAUAUAUUACAUUUAUUAUUAUUUAAACAUAAAAAUGAUCAAAUAUUAAUCAUUCCAUACUCCAUUUAUAAUAUCUAACCUCUAUUAUCAUCAUCUAUACAUAUAUAAAUACAUUUACAACGAGUACUGUAACCAGCAAGUGUUCUUCUUUAAAACAAUUGCUUGAGAAAGAAUAACCGUCGAUAGAAUUUCAAACUAUGGAAGGAAAGAAAAGAUAACGAAAGUAACAAUGAAGUUCUCGUUAUCUACACGUGUGAUGAAACAAAAAACAGAUUCGAAGAUAUUACUUAACGGAAUAUUCUUGAUGCUGAUUUUCGAAACGCGUGGUAAACCUUUCGAAUCCUCAGACGAAUCAAAGGAAUCAAUUUCGCAAGUUAAGGCAGCUCCGGUAUGCAGAAACACGACUUAUUGUGAAAUUACCCCGCAUUAUCCAACGGAGGUAGUGUUCAAUGCCCUGCAGAAGAAUCCUCACCUACGUAAUUAUGAAAACAUCGAUGAGAUGGACGUACAUGAACGAGAUGAAGACAUACCCGAAGAGGAACCACUUUGUGUAUCAACGGAGCAAGUAGUGUUUCCAAAAUCUGCUGAAACUAAAAGUUUUGAAUGGCAAUACAUUGUGAAUCAGGAGGAUUUCAGGCAGAGUGUACGCAUUGAAAAAUGCCGGGAAGAAGGCCAACAAUGUAGAGUGAUUGACGAUUUCGCUGAGGGCUACUACACAAAAUGCAAACAAAAAUACAUAUAUCGUCAACUAUUGGCAGUUUCAGCGAACGGUUCGAUAUAUCACGAAUCGUUCCGAUUUCCAGCUAGCUGUUGCUGUCAUAUCGAAUUCAGAGCCGAUGUAUUUUUGAAAUCGUUUAAACGCAAAGUUUGACGAUAUAAAAUAUACUAAGCGUACAAAUUAAUUAUGUUAAUUGCAGAUUUACUUUUAUAAAGUUAUGCUAACUCCAGUUUUUAAAGUAAUUUUUAUUGUUAUUGUAUUCUGGCGCCACUUUUCAAAUAGUAAUUGAGAAGGCGUAAUGUUAAAGGUACCGAAUUAAUUUGUACACCUAAUAGAAAUCUAGUACUGGUUAUGUAUAAUACAUAGUAGUUUUCUUAAAAUGAAAAUAACGUGAUUUAA